CACACUGUCAUCGGGGCAAGCAGCGCAGGUAUUUGGCGUAUUUGGUUGAAUUUCUCUAGAUUUUAACUGAAUUUUGUUUCGUUUUUUGAUAAAAAAUAAUCUUGUGAAGUUGUUCAAUUUGCGUAGACGUUCAUUCUCACCAUAAACGCCUUGUUUUGUUAUCAUUUUCUGAUAGUUUUGUUGUGUUUUCCGUUUAAGCAAGUUUUCUCUUAUCAGCCGGCUAAACAAAACAAAUAAACUCUUCGUCCUGCUAAAGAUUCUCCAAACCAGCAUUCGAUAUGGUCGCAAACGUUGAAAUCCCAUUCGAUGCGAAACAGCUCGCCAACGUGCGUGUGAAUCUUUCCUGCGUGGUUCGUUCGGUUGACCUGCUAACCUCGGCUCUUAUCAAACGUGUCACAGAUGCCGAAUUUCGGGCGUACACGCUACAAGCGCUCAAACUAACCGAUUUGACCACACUCGCCGGCGAUGAUACGGAAUCGAAUGUCGCUCGCCUUUGCUUCCGUGCUGCGUAUCCUUUUUCGGAUCUUGCAACACACGCAGCUCUGAAGGGGCAGGUGCACACGGCGGCCGUCUGUGUCUAUCCGAGCCGUGUUGGCGAUGCACACCGUGCGCUUAAGGCACUGGGAAUGGUCGGUCGAAUUCAAAUCGCUUCCGUAGCGACCGGAUUUCCGUCCGGAUCAUACCCACUGGAAACACGGCUACAGGAGAUCCGUUUCGCAGUUGAGCAGGGAGCAAGCGAGAUUGAUAUCGUGAUCGAUCGGAGCCUGGUACUGACCGGCAAAUGGCAACAGCUGUACGAUGAGAUUGUCUCAAUGCGCAAGGCUUGUGGCGAUAAGGUUCACCUGAAGACGAUCCUUGGCAUCGGAGAGUGUGGCACAAUGGUUAAUGUAUAUAAAGCCUCGAUGGUGGCGAUGAUGGCUGGAUCGGAUUUUAUCAAAACAUCCACGGGCAAGGAGGCGGUCAACGCAACGCUUCCGGUCGGUCUGGUUAUGAUUCGUGCCAUUCAAAAGUUUUAUCGUCUCACGGGAAAGAAGAUCGGACUGAAACCGGCCGGUGGUGUACGAACGGUCCGGGACGCUAUCGCCUGGAUGAUCAUGAUACGGGAGACGCUUGGCGAGGAGUGGCUAAAGCCGGAACUGUUCCGAUUCGGUGCUUCCGGGUUGUUGGAUGAUAUUGAAAAACAGUUCUAUGCCGUUUCGAAACGGCUGUAAACUGUUAUUGCCAAGCGAUUGAAAAGAAAAGCAUUCCCAAGCUACCUCGAAAAGCCACUAAUACUGUUAAAAAUACACCUCUUGUUCCUGUUUUCUAACAACUUGCCGGAUUCGGAUUCAGUGCUUUUCAGUGGAAAGAACACAAACGGGAUGAUUUAAUUAAUUGAACUAAUUUUAUUUGGCUUUCUUCUUCUCACUCUCCUCUUUGUGUGGCCAUGAAUGAAAGGGACAAAUGGCUAUGAAAAAAA